CCAGCGAUAAGAGGUGCGAGGAGGCAGGACACGGCGAGUGUAGCUGAGAGCCACGCAUCACAUACAAACUUCACCUACGCGCCUCCAUCUCUGCCGUUUCACCAUGUCGAAAGACGUCGCCGCCGACAUACCCGUGGCCGAGGCGCCGGCGAAACGCGCCCCGCUCAACAAGUACGCCCUCGCCUGCGCCAUACUGGCUUCCAUGAACUCCAUCCUCCUCGGCUAUGAUGUCUCGGUGAUGAGCGGAGCGCAGAUAUUCAUGAAGAAGGACCUGAAGAUCACGGACAGGCAGAUCGAGAUCCUUGCCGGCAUCAUCAACAUCUUCUCGCUCGUCGGCUCACUCGCGGCGGGCCGGACGUCCGACUGGAUCGGGCGCCGGUACACCAUGGUGCUCGCGGCGGUCAUCUUCUUCGCGGGCGCCCUCAUCAUGGGCCUCGCCCCGAGCUACGCGGUCCUGAUGGUCGGCCGCUUCGUCGCCGGCGUCGGCGUCGGCUACGCGCUCAUGAUCGCGCCCGUGUACACGGCCGAGGUCGCGCCCACCUCGGCACGCGGCCUGCUCACGUCCUUCCCGGAGGUCUUCAUCAACACUGGCGUGCUCCUCGGCUACAUCUCUAACUACGCCUUCCACAGCCUCCCCGUUCACAUCAGCUGGCGCGCCAUGUUCCUCGCGGGCGCCGUGCCGCCUGUCUUCCUGGCCAUCGGCGUCCUCGUCAUGCCGGAGUCGCCGCGGUGGCUUGUCAUGCAGGGGCGCAUAGGCGACGCGCGCCGCGUGCUCCAGAAGACCUCCGAUACCCCCGAGGAGGCCGUGGAGCGGCUCGCCGAUAUCAAGAGCGCCGUAGGCAUCCCCGAGGGUAUUUCCGACGACAGCGACGAGGUGAUCGCGAUCGCCCGCAAGAGCAAGGGCGCCGACGGCAAGGGCGUCCUGAGCGACCUGCUGCUCCGCCCGACGCCACCCGUGCGCCGCAUCCUGAUCGCCUGCCUCGGCCUCCAGUUCUUCCAGCAAGCCUCCGGUAUCGACUCGGUGGUGCUGUACAGUCCCCGUGUGUUCGAGACGGCCGGUAUCAAGUCCGAUGCCAACACCCUCGGAGCCACCAUUUCCGUGGGCGCGACCAAGACGCUCUUCAUACUGGUGGCCACGUUCUUCCUCGACCGCGUCGGGCGGCGGCCGCUGCUGCUCACCAGCGCCGGCGGGAUGGUGCUCUCGCUCCUGACGUUGGCCUCGGCGCUGCACGUGAUCAGCGGACGUGCGCCGGCGGAUGGGGCGACGGCGCUGUCGGGGGUGAGCAUCGCGUCGGUGCUUACGUUCGUGGCGUCGUUCUCGAUCGGGAUGGGGCCCAUCGCGUGGGUGUACAGCUCGGAGAUCUUCCCGCUGCGGCUGCGCGCGCAGGGCUGUGCGCUUGGCACGGCCAUGAACAGAAUCAUGAGCGGGGCCAUCACCAUGUCCUUCUAUUCGCUCUCCGACAAGAUCACGCUCGCCGGAAGCUUCUACCUUUACGCUAGUGUUGCUGCCGCCGGGUGGGUGUUCAUGUUCUGCUUCCUUCCGGAGACGAGGGGCAGGAGCUUGGAGGACACCGAGGUGCUCUUUGGUGGUGGCGAUGACGCGGGGAAGGAAGAUGGUCAUGGGCAUACCAAGUCCACGCAGUUGACUACACCUACGCAACACUAGUGAACUGUUGUUAGCGAUCGCGUGUUUAGUCCGAAUGGUGGGACCGGAUUUACCACAUGUCACUUGGGCCCCAAGCCCCCAACUAUUAUAGUCAUCGAUGGCAACAAAGUAAUGGAGACAAGCUUUUCAGCA